AUGUCAUCCAUCACCUGGGCAUCUUCCUACAAGCGUUUGUUCAGUGCGAUGCCCGAACUUCCGCUCAUCCUAGCGACCCAUUCAUCGUCUUUGUCGGGUGAAUCGUGGGGUGUGGGAUCCUGGUGCGAGUUGCAUGAUGCAAGUAAUUUUGGACGGUCGCAAACCGAUACCCUUUCCCGAGCAAGCAGUCGCGAAUACGCACCGCUGUCUACGAUGCUCGGAUUCUUGGAAUGCCGAUUACGAAUUGCCGGGUCGGGGAUCCCUCUCCUUUCGAUCUACUGGGAAUAUGACAAGCUCAGAUCGGGAUCGUAA